GUUUUAAACUGAACACAGAGAUAUACAGUGAGAAGAAAACAUUAAGUAUUGUAUUUUUUUCCAGGAGGAUCAGUACCAUGAAGACGAGACUAGGCUGCCUGUCCAACAAAUCGGACUCCUACAGUGACUUCUCCGAGUUCCUGCCUCCUGCCCACGAAACUACUGCCAGGUGUCUGAAAGUAUCAACGGAUGAGGUUGUUCGAUGGUCAGAAUCGUUUCAUCAUCUCCUCUCUCACAAAUAUGGCCUGGCUGCCUUUCGGACAUAUCUCAAAUCGGAGUUCAGUGACGAGAAUAUCGAGUUUUGGAUGGCCUGCGAGGAGUACAAAAAAAUCAAAAGCUCAACCAAGCUUGUGUCAAAAGCAAACAAAAUCUUUCAGGAGUUCAUUGAUAUUCAGGCGCCCAGAGAGGUAAACAUUGACUACCGUACCAGGGAAAAGACCAAGCAGAGUCUGGAGGAUCCGUCCCCAACAAGCCUCAACGAAGUCCAAGCUAAAGUCUACGGCCUCAUGGAGAAAGACUCGUACCCACGAUUCCUCAGGUCCCAGAUGUACCAGGAUAUAGUCAAAAGGGCGCAAGCACAAGGCCAGCGGAGGUCUGUUUGACUGAAUUUGAUGAAGACCACAGUCGACACAAAACUGGACCUACACUGUAAAUCACUCACUAACCCUUUGACAUCAUCUCUAAAUACUGUGAAAUGAAUCUGCAAGAAUGGUGCGACAUGCUUGACUGUUUCCUUUUGUCUACACCAGCUCCAUGCAUGCAAUCCCUGUAGAAAAGAUGUGUCUUGGUGGACUGCACUGUAAAGUAUAAAGGAGGAGAUUUGAUGAGGAUAAGCUAAUUGUUUUAACUCUACUCAGUGCUGGGCGAUGUGUUUAAAAAUAUUAUCACAAUAAAGAAUUACCAUAUCGUG